AUGGCAAACAGUUCUGUAUCUUUUGGCCUUCAAUACACUGCUAGAUCCAUUAGUUUACCUUCAAGGUUACAUCCCAAUGCCAUCAGGUUUGAAGCAGAGCUGAACAAAUUAAAGAACUGGGAAGCAUCUUCCCUUUCAAUAACAGAGCCCUUGUGUGAAGUCGCAAUUCAAGCUGGUCUAGUUGGCCUUGCUGAAUUAUACAACUGCACUGAGGAUCUCAUGCAGUCUUCAACGGCACAAGCAGCUCUUAUUCAACAUCAAAAUGGGAUAGUUGUGGAAGAAUCACUUGAGAGAUCAGUCGAGUUACUAGACUCAUGCGGCAUCAUUCGUGACUUAUUUUUCUCCGUUAAGGAACACGUUCAAGAGCUUCAAUCAGCAUUACGACGAAAAAAUGGAGAUGCCAGCAUUGGAAAAGACAUAAUCCGUUAUCUUUGCUUCAGAAAGCAAGUAAAGAAAGAAGUAGCAAAAAGCCUUAGAUCAUUGAAGCAUAUGGAAAGCAGAAUUGGAUCUUCUCAUGAUGUUCUAGACAUAGAUCAUCAUUUAGCAAUGGUGAUUAGGGUCUUUAGAGAAGUGACUGUUAUCACCACAUCUGUCUUGAGAUCUCUUUUAUUUUUCUUGUCUUCACCAGCUUCCGCAAGGACAAAACCUAGUGGCUGGUCUCUGAUUUCAAAGUUGAUGUUAACAAAGUCUGCAGUUGCCAAUAAAAGCCAUGUUCUCAACAACAUGGGAUGUGCUGAUCUUGCUCUUACAUCCCUUCAGGGACACAUAAAAAAUGGUGGUAUCAAAGCUGACGUGCAACUGGCUGGAAAACAAUUGCAGAUGCUUGAUACCAGUAUUGAAGGUCUUGAGACUGGUGUAGAAGGCUUGUUUAGGCAGUUGGUCCGAUAUAGAGUUACGCUUCUUAACAUGCUCAUCCAUUGA